CUGGUGCGCGCAAUAGUGGUGGCGAGGGGGCCGGGGACCGGGGGCCUGGGUCCUCCCCACCCCGCCCGACCACGCCUUGGACCCCCGGAGGACGGGCCCGGAGGGGCUAGGGCACCUCGCCCUGGCCGGGGUGGGCACCGGAGCCUCCCCCGUGCCCCCCACUCCCCCCAUCCCUCCAGGCGAAGGAAGCCAGCCAAGGAGUUCAAAUUGGGACCUGGUGGAAUUCAGUGGUUGUUUUGAAAGAGGGAGCCAUAUCCAUCUCUAGGAUGAAGAAAAGCAGGAGCGUCAUGACGGUGACAGCUGAUGAUCAGGCCAGGGAGGAUGUGGACUGCGGCCUGAGUAAGUCGUACAGCUCGUCCAGCCACACCCUGGGCAUCGACCUGUGGAGAGGCCGGCGCUGCUGCUCGGGGAACCUGCAGCUGCCCCCGCUGGCCCAGCGCCAGACGGACACCGCCAAGACCCCCGACGGAGACCUCUCCAGGCCCACCACGCUGCCCCUGCUCACCCUCCCCAGCAUCGCCAUCACCAGCGCCAGCCUGGAAUGUUUCGACGUGGAGAAUGGGCCAUCUCCCGGAAGGAGCCCCUUGGACGGACAGGCCAGCUCGUCCUCUGGCCUCGUGCUCCACACGUCCUUCUCGGGCCACAGCCAGCGUCGGGAAUCCUUCCUCUACAGAUCCGACAGCGACUAUGACUUGUCCCCCAAGGCCAUGUCCAGGAACUCGUCCCUCCCCAGCGAACAACACGGAGAUGACCUGAUCGUCACCCCUUUCGCCCAGGUCUUGGCCAGCUUACGGAGCGUAAGGAACAACUUCACCCUCCUGACCAACCUACAUGGCACUGCCAACAAAAGGUCACCGGCCACCAGCCAGCCUCCCGUCUCCAGAGUCACCCUGCAAGAAGAACCCUACCAAAAACUGGCCAUGGAGACCCUGGAGGAGUUAGACUGGUGCCUCGACCAACUGGAGACCAUCCAGACCUACCGAUCCGUCAGCGAGAUGGCCUCCAAUAAGUUCAAGAGAAUGCUGAACCGCGAGCUGACCCACCUGUCCGAGAUGAGCCGGUCUGGGAACCAGGUUUCCGAAUACAUUUCCAACACAUUUUUAGACAAACAGAACGACGUGGAGAUCCCAUCGCCCACGCAAAAAGACCGAGACAAAAAGAAGAAGCAGCAGCUCAUGACCCAGAUAAGCGGCGUGAAGAAGCUGAUGCACAGCUCGAGCUUAAACAACACAAGCAUCUCGCGCUUCGGGGUCAAAACGGAAAAAGAAGACCACCUGGCUAAGGAGCUUGAAGAUCUGAACAAGUGGGGACUAAAUAUCUUCAGAGUGGCUGGAUAUUCACACAACAGGCCUCUUACCUGCAUCAUGUAUGCUAUAUUUCAGGAAAGGGACCUGCUGAAGACCUUCAAGAUCUCGUCGGAUACGUUUGUGACCUACAUGAUGACGCUGGAGGACCAUUACCACUCUGAUGUGGCCUACCACAACAGCCUGCACGCGGCAGAUGUGGCCCAGUCAACUCACGUCCUCUUGUCUACACCAGCGCUCGAUGCGGUCUUCACUGACCUGGAAAUUCUGGCAGCCAUUUUUGCUGCCGCAAUCCAUGACGUGGAUCAUCCGGGAGUCUCCAAUCAGUUUCUCAUCAAUACCAAUUCGGAGCUGGCCUUGAUGUACAACGACGAAUCGGUUUUGGAGAACCACCACCUGGCCGUCGGCUUCAAACUGCUGCAGGAAGAGCACUGCGACAUCUUCCAGAACCUGGCCAAGAAACAGCGCCAGACACUCCGCAAAAUGGUGAUCGACAUGGUGUUGGCCACCGACAUGUCCAAGCACAUGAGCCUGCUGGCCGACCUCAAGACCAUGGUGGAAACCAAAAAAGUCACGAGCUCGGGUGUCCUCCUCCUGGAUAAUUACACGGAUCGGAUACAGGUCCUCCGCAACAUGGUGCACUGUGCAGACCUGAGCAAUCCUACCAAGUCCCUGGACUUGUACAGGCAGUGGACCGACCGCAUCAUGGAGGAGUUCUUCCAGCAGGGAGACAAGGAACGGGAGAGAGGCAUGGAGAUCAGCCCUAUGUGUGACAAGCACACGGCUUCCGUGGAGAAAUCUCAGGUGGGCUUCAUCGAUUACAUCGUCCACCCGCUGUGGGAGACGUGGGCCGACCUGGUGCAGCCGGACGCCCAGGACAUCUUGGACACGCUGGAGGACAACAGGAAUUGGUACCAGAGCAUGAUCCCUCAGAGCCCCUCCCCACCUCCGCUAGACGAGCAGGGUCUGCCCGGCUCCGGGACGCUCACGGACAAGUUCCAGUUCGAGCUGACGUUGGAAGAGGACGAUGACCCAGAAGGCCCGGACAAGGAAGGGGAGGGAGUCCACUACAGUGCCGCCACAGAGACACUGUGCGUGAUCGACCCGGGCUCCCCGGAAGAGGCCGGGGACGACGCGUCACCGCUGGACACAUAGUGGCCGCGGCCGCUGUCUCCUUGUCCUCCUCCUCCUCUCCCCCCGCCCCCCUCCUCCCGGAUCUGGGGGAGGACACCCAGCCGUCGGCGAUCCCACCGGCCGCCCCUUCUAGGGGGUCCGGCUCGACCCCUGCCGGAGCCGAGGGAACUCUCCGGCCAACCGGGGGCCCCCCGCCCCGAUUUUGAGAGAGGACAGACAACUGCGUCCUCGAGAGACUGCUCGGCCCUUCGCGGUCUGCCCGCCCGACCCCCACCGAAGAACCUACCCAUCCGUCCUCCCGUCUGCGAGACCUGUGUGCCUUCUUUGAGAUCCCCCGCCCGUCUCUUCUUGCCCCACGCACGCACUCGCGUGGUAUGGCCGCCGCCGUGUUUCUGGAAGCGAGGCCCGCUCUCCCCGUUCUCUGUGAGCGAGAAAUCAGUCUUCCUCCUCUCCCGGGUCGGGCCUCUCCCCUUCCGGAUGCCGCUUCUUG